AUGAUGGCCGGCGGGGCAGUGCAGCAAAACGGGAUUUUUUCCAAUCCGCACCAUCACAGUCAGCAGCCUCACAUGGAGUCGGAUCCCCCCGAUUCUCGCAAGAGACCUCUGGAGACGCCGACCGAGGCCAGCAGCACCAAACGCACAAACACUGGAGAGGAGGGAGAGUACUUCCUGAAGGUGUUGAUCCCCAGCUAUGCAGCUGGCUCCAUCAUUGGCAAAGGAGGCCAGACCAUUGUCCAGCUCCAGAAAGAAACUGGCGCCACCAUCAAAUUGUCAAAAUCCAAAGAUUUCUACCCAGGAACGACGGAGCGGGUGUGCCUGAUCCAAGGCACGGUGGAGGCGCUGAACUCCGUCCACAACUUCAUCGCCGAGAAGGUGCGCGAGAUGCCCCAGAGCGCCCAGAAGACAGAGCCGGUCAGCAUACUGCAGCCGCAGACCACCGUCAACCCCGACCGCGUCAAACAGGCUAAGCUCAUCGUCCCCAACAGCACGGCGGGCCUGAUCAUCGGUAAGGGUGGUGCCACGGUCAAGGCGGUGAUGGAGCAGUCCGGCGCCUGGGUGCAGCUGUCGCAGAAGCCCGAGGGCAUCAACCUGCAGGAGCGCGUGGUGACCAUCAGCGGCGAGCCGGAGCAGAACCGCAAGGCCGUGGAGAUCAUCGUGCAGAAGAUCCAGGAGGACCCGCAGAGCAGCAGCUGCCUGAACAUCAGCUACUCCAACAUCACGGGCCCCGUGGCCAACUCCAACCCCACCGGCUCCCCCUACGCCAACUCCACCGAGGUCAUGCCCGCCGCCGCGGCCGCCGCCGCCGCCACCGCGUCCAGCCUCCUGGGCCAGGCCAGCCUCGCCGGCGUGGGCGCGUUCCCCACGGCCAUGUCCAGCUUCUCAGGUAACGACCUGCUGGCCAUCACGUCCGCGCUCAACACGCUCGCCAGCUACGGCUACAACACCAACUCGCUGGGCCUGGGGCUCAACCCGGCCGCCGCCUCCGGAGUGCUCGCCGCGGUGGCCGCCAGCGCCAACCCCGCGGCCGCCGCCGCCGCCAACCUGCUGGCGUCGUACGCCAGCGACGCGUCCGGGGGAGCCGGGCACCCUGCGGCCGCGCUGGGCGGCUUCACGCUGGGCUCGCUGGCCGCCGCCACCGGCGCCACCAACGGCUACCUGAGCGCCGCGUCGCCGCUGGUCGCCAGCUCGCUGCUGGCCACCGAGAAGCUGGCCGAGGGCGCCAAGGACGUGGUGGAGAUCGCCGUGCCCGAGAACCUCGUCGGCGCCAUCUUGGGGAAAGGCGGCAAGACGCUAGUGGAGUACCAGGAACUGACCGGCGCCCGGAUCCAGAUCUCCAAAAAGGGCGAGUUCAUCCCGGGAACCCGGAACCGCAAGGUCACCAUCACCGGAUCACCGGCGGCAACGCAGGCCGCCCAGUAUCUCAUCAGCCAGCGAAUCACGUACGAGCAAGGAGUCCGCGCCACCAACCCCCAGAAGGUGGGCUAAAUGGGAGGAUGGAGAGAAAAAAAGGAGGAAUAACGAAGUGAGGGCUGAGGGAGGAGAGUGGAGAAAAAGAGAGAGAGAGCGAGAGCAAGAGAGAGAGAGAGAGAGAGAGAGAGAGAGAAAGGAGGGAAUCUUGAAGGAAUCAUCCACACGUUUAUUCGUGUCUAUCAGUAUUUUAAAACGAAUGGGAAACAAAGAGUCAACUCAGAGAGAAGAUAAAAAAAAUGAUCAUGUUGAAAACCAAGAAAAAAAUGUGUACAAUGUAAAUAUUGGUUUUAUUUCGUAAGUCUUGAUCUUUGGGAUUUUUUAGUAUUCUAUAUGUUUUUGUUUUUUUGUCGUUUUUGUUUUGUCUUUUGUUUUGUCUUUUGUUUCGGUUUAGUUUUG